AUGGCAAGGGACGGGGCAGCGGCGCAGGUGGUUGCCGCAGUUGCGGCCAGCCCCAGCUGGGGCCGCGCGGCCGCUGCCUUGCGAGAGGCGGCGCCAGCGCGGGCGUACGUGCCCGUCCCACUUCUAGGGCAGCCCAUGCAGAUGCAGCAGACGCAGCAGACGCAGCAGACGCAGCAGCCGCAGCAGACGCAGCAGACGCAGCAGAUGCAGCAGACGCAGCAGAUGCAGCAGAUGCAGCAGAUGCAGCAGAUGCAGCAGAUGCAGAUGCAUCAAACUGCGCAGCCUCAGCCGAUACUUGGUUUACUGCAACAUUGCAACUGUGUCGCAUGGGUUCACUUUGGCUGCAGGGGCUGCAUUCGGGCCUUGAUGACGUCCGGCUGA